GUCAAAAUUGCAGUUAAACUUAAAACCCCUCCACAAUCCCUUUUUCUUUUUCCUUUAAUUUUUUCACAAUAUUUUCUUUUAUUUUCUUAUCUCUCUCAUUUUUGAAUCCCGCGCAAUCCCAAUUCACCUCUUCACUCCUUCCUCUUCUCGUUCUCGUUCUCUGUUCUUCAUUUUCAGUUUCUAGGGCUUAUUAUUAUUAUUAUUAUUAUUAUUAUUAUUAUUAUUAUUGUUUCGCUUUCCGCCAUGUUUCUCGCGCCCUAACAAUUUCUCCCCGAAAUCUCGCACCGACGCCCGAGAAACUCGCCAAUCGGCACUGCUCAUAUGGCGGGGGAGGCGGCUCCUCUCGGCGGGGGCGACGAUUCCUCGUCGGCGGCGGCGAGGGCUCCGUCGUCGUUCGUGAAGAAAGGCGACAGGCAAAUGUUCACGGUGGAGCUCCGCCCGGGAGAGACCACCAUAGUGUCGUGGAAGAAGCUCAUGAAGGACGCCAACAAGGUCAACAAUGGAUCCGCUUCCGCACCGGAGCACCGCGCUCCCAAUGCGAACCCUGCGCUCGAGUCCAGAAUCGCUCCGGGACAACCUAUGGAGAUUGAAGAACAGGGUGCACCUCAGACAAACCGUUUCAGUGCUGUAAUAGAGAAGAUUGAACGCCUUUACAUGGGUAAGGACAGCAGUGAUGAGGAGGAUGCACUUGAUGUUCCUGAUGAUCAAUAUGAUACAGACGACUCUUUCAUUGAUGAUGCUGAAUUGGAUGAGUAUUUUGAGGUUGAUAAUUCUUCAAUCAAACAUGAUGGAUUCUUUGUAAAUAGGGGGAAAUUGGAACGCAUAAAUGAACCUCCAGUAUUACCUAUCCAGCAAGCAAAGAAAAGGCGCCGAAAAGAUGUACCGAAGAAUCCUGGAGAACAUAUUGAUAGUCAUGUAUCAAAUAAACAUGUAAAAGUGGGCAAGACUGCUGCUGGAAAGACUGCAUCGUUACCUGUGAAAAAUACGAUUAGUUCCUCCCAUAAUUUGGGUGUACCUGGUGAACAUUAUGAAGACAUGACAUUUCAGAAUCAAUUGGAUGUGUCUGGAAUUAGUUUGAAAAGGAAAACUGCUGACACAAGACCAAUGUUGGAUCCUCCUGUUUGUUCGAAAGUAUCAACUAAUGCUCCUGCUGCUGCAGAAGAUGCUGAAAAACAGAAGACUAGAGUACUUCAAUCUAAGAACACAAGUGAUAAAUAUAAAGAUGCAAGUGGCUUGCUUGAUACUUCUCGUCAGAAGUACCAUGAAAAAAGUGCAUCUGCAAAAUCCAAAUCCCAGCCUGGAAAAAUCUCAAUUAGUGUUGACAAUCUAGAAAAGGCUGGUCGGUCAAAAGAUAAAAAUGACAUCCAUGAACUGCCAGAUCUUAACUUGUAUGUCGGAAAAUCUGCUAUACAAGCACCACUUAUGCAGAAAUCUGAAAAUGUGCUCAAGAAAGAUGGUUCUAGUGCUAGGCCUAAAACUACAACACUUGAGAAAGCUAUUCGAGAGUUGGAGAAGAUAGUUGCAGAAUCAAGGCCGCCAACUAUGGAAAACCAGGAGGUUGAUACCACACCUCAGGGUGUCAAACGGAGAUUGCCUAGAGAAAUAAAGCUGAAACUUGCUAAAGUUGCCAGAUUAGCGCAGGCAAGCCAAGGGAAAGUAUCAAAGGAGUUACUUAACCGUCUUAUGAGUAUUCUUGGGCAUCUGAUUCAGCUCAGAACGCUAAAGAGAAACUUAAAAAUUAUGAUCAGUAUGGGUUUGUCUGCGAAGCAGGAGAAAGAUGUUAGGUUUCAACUGAUAAAGAAGGAAGUUAUUGAGAUGAUUAAGAUGCAGGCCCCAACCAUAGAAUCCAAGCUACAGCAGCAAGCUGCAGCAUCUGGGGAACAAGAAUUAGGUCCUGAUGGGAAACCAAUAACUAAAAAGAAUUUUAGUAUGGACACUGCAUUGGAAGACAAGAUUUGUGAUCUCUAUGACCUCUUUGUUGAUGGGUUAGAUGAAAAUUCGGGUCCGCAAAUCAGAAAGUUGUAUGCUGAGCUUGCAGAGUUAUGGCCAAAUGGUUACAUGGACAACCAUGGGAUCAAGCGUGCAAUUUGCAGGUCAAAAGAGAGGCGCAGAGCACUGUACAGCAGACAUAAGGAUCAGGAGAAAAUCAAGAGGAAAAAGUUGUUGGCACCUCGACCAGAGGAGAAUGUUCAAGUUGAUCCUAGUCCAAUUACUUUGCAACAGCCCUUGCGAGAAAGAUUAGCUACAGACUCUAGUGGUCAUCCUCAUGCUUCAGUAAACAAGACAGUUUCUAAUACAGUCACCACCGCACGGGUUCACAAUCCUGUCAAUGGUCCAAAACAAGAAAAAGCAAAGGGAAGUUCAGGUGGUUCUCUGGAUGAUGUCAAGGGUGCUGAUGGUGUUUUAAUAAAGAAGAAGGUAAAGAGAAAGCUAGAACAGGGUUUGGAAGGAACUCACUUUCGCCCUGAGAAGAUAGGAGCUUCUCUGCAAGGAGAAGAAAAAACAAGAUCCCUAAAGCAGUCUGCAGGUGUUCCCCCGAAAUCAAACCUUCAGCCAACUUCUCUACCUGGUCUUGAGCAGUCAAGCUAACAUGAUAUCAACUAGGAUGUUUACUCAACAGAAUGUAUUUUUCAGUUUUUCCCCCCUAAUUUUUUUUCUUUGGCUCAAUUUCCUCUCCCAAAAUUAAUUCAUAUUCUACUUAUUGUUGCCAUUUUUGUAUAUAGGUAGAUUUGUUGGUUGGUAAGUCAUAUCUGGAUGAUGCUUCUCGCAGGUAGUGGUGCUUCUGCAGUAAGCUUGGAAUUUUGAUGAAACAAAAGUAGUUUUUGAUAAAAACAAACAUAAGUAAUCUCAAAUUAUUAGUGUUUAAUAAAAAAAGUGUCAUCAAAUUAGUCGUCCAAA